UUGAUUUUAUUUUGUUUGACUUUGACGAAUUUGACUCAUUUGGGUUGGUGCUGUGUAGACUUGUGGUGUGGUCGCAGUUAAAUAAAAUUGAAUGCUAAUAGCUAAAAGAAUAUUAUGGUGUGGUCGUUGAUGGUUCUUGAAAGUUGCUAAUGAGUUACCGAAUGACUAAUACUACUUAAUUACACCCACAACAGCAUCAAUGAUUUAGAAAAUGAAGUUUAUCAUUAUAACAUUAUUCUUAGUAUUAGGUACUUCCAGUUGUUAUGGCUUGAAUGGCACAAUCCCUACAAUUUUGAGAGGAGCUUGGUUCUCAUGGGAAUUAGGCAGAAAUACUUUAACAGAGUUAGAUGCUACAUCCAUGACUGAUAGAGGAACCUGCAUAGAUGUUAAAAAUGAGUUUCAUGUAAACUAUACAUUAGUAUUUCGCAAGGAUAGUUGUUUUACCUGCGUUAAGCUGUUGGUAAGGACAGUUAAUGUUUUGGAGAAGAUGGAAACUUCUUGCAUUAGUCUUCCUGCAGAACAAGCUUCAGUAGAAACAGUUUGUAGAGGAUUAGAUGUGCAUCAACAGCUAGUUACACUGUUUUCUGAAAACUAUAUACCAGUUAACUGUCGUUCAUCACUGGAAGGUGUUUGGAACUUUGCUUACCAGAAUCGUUUCAAAUUUACUGGAGAAUGUUACAAUCCUGAUGCUCAAAUUAGGUCCUGCCAAACUGCAGGCUCCCAAUUCUUGAUUACCAAUCAGAAGUUCAAUAUUACAUACAAGAAGUGUGAUGGCAUGACUGGCACAUUUGAUGGAGUGGUUGAAUAUAGCUGCUUGGGAGAUUGGUUUGUUGGUAAAAAUCACUAUUUUGCUGUUGCUAAUACCAAGGAAUCCAGAAAAGAUGAAAAAUACAGAUGUUUUUUGAAGAACAGAGAUGAUGACCUGUACAUUGGUGUGUCAAUUACAGCUGAAUGUAAUACUCUAAAAACCGUUGAAAAAAGUCCAGAAAGAUUGCAUAUUACACCAGUAAAAUCCGAGAUAGUAGAGCCAGGUUGCCGCCUUCCUCAAAAUUUCUCUGGAGAUUGGAUAAAUACAGCUAAUAUUGAUGCUGAUAUUUUCAUUAAUGAAACCCACAUUAUAGAAACAUGGUAUCCUGAUGAAGGAAGAUACAGGAGAACUAUUUAUGUUUGUAGAGAACAGAGAGACAGUAGAGUGAUGAUGGCUAGAUUAACUGUUGAUGGAUGCCAAAAAGAUUUCAUCUGUUUUGACUUUGUACCGCAACAUCACAACAUUAUUAGAUACAGACGAGGUAUCGCUGUCAUUAAAGACGAUUUCAGUACUGUAUGCUCCUGGGUACAAUUCCAGAACAAAGUUAAAUGGAAGUAUGAUUUGUAUUUGAAGAAAAAUCCAGUACCAGUGAAAUGUCCAGUAGCGGGGAAAUUCAAUUUUACUCAAAAAGGAGAUGUACCAUUUGAAACAAGAAUUCUUGGUGGUGUUACUUUGAGUCCUCGUCCAAAUAUUUACUGCAAGGAAAAUAUAUCAGAUUUUUCAGUUUGUGAUACCGAACAAAAAGAAGUAGCUGUUGACGAAAACUAUUGUCUUUCUGUUGAUCAUUUGGGAAGACCUGUUGAUAUUUACAGUGAUCCUGACUAUAGAAUGAAAUGCAUAGGAUUCUGGAAAGAAAAUUUGAAAUCAUAUUUAAUCACAUAUGAUGAACUGGAUCCAUUUUCUAAGUAUCGUUGCUGGGUAUACCAAAGAGCAGAUUUGAACAAAAUUUUGAUGUCACAGGCUAUUGGACCUUUUUGCGAUUUGAAACAAGAUGUAUAUUCAUGGAAUUAUACUGAGGGUGCCUCGGUAGCUAUAGAAAUGCAGGAAUAUGAAAGAGAACGCGAUCAGUGUCCGAUGUACUUCGACGACGGUACCAAUCCAUGGCUCCACACAGAUAACGAAAUUAUAAUAUUCGACUUUGGAUAUUUACGAAGUGCCUCCAAUAUACCAAAUAUACGUGCCUCUCUUAUAUGUAUCAUAUUGACAGCUAUAUUUUUAAGUUAAUGACAAUAUUAUUCUCUCUAAAAUGAACAUAUUUAUGAAAUAAAUACUACAUUUUGAUGGAAAAUGGCCAAAAUUUUAAAAUUAUUUGUUUUUGGUAGUUACAUUUUGUAAAUAUGUUCUGUCAGCCUAAGCAACUUACAAAGGACUGAUUGAUGAUUUAAAAAGUGCCUUUUAUUUUUUUUUUACAUUCCAAAUUUUAUUUUUUCUUGGUAAGAUUACCAAUAUGGUGAUAUAACACCGAUCAGCGUGAGUUAAUUCUAUUUUUUCAACAACCAUUUGGAAAAAAUAAUGUUUUUGGGUUUAUUUUACUAAUCCAUAUCGCUAAAAACAAUUUUAGAUUUUCUGAAUAAAACUAUAUGCAUAGACAUGAUUGCUGAUAAUUUCAAAGCCUGAAGUUUUUAAAAACAGUAAAAGGAAUAUUAAAGAUCAAAAAUAACAAUUUUUUCACUGAUCAAUACGUCUAGACCAGUCUGGAUAUAUACCAAUAUAGCUUAUGUCUGUUGUGGUGAGUUAAACCUUAGAUUAUGAUAGAAAUGUAUUCGAACGUUUGUUUAUAACUAGAAUUUGACUAUGCGCUAUCUGAAAAAGUUAUGGCAAAUCCAGGAAACAUCCUAGAAUCAAAAACAUAUGUUGCUGACCCCUGUUUUCCAACCUUUAUCCUGAAUAUCCUAAAAAGUAUCAAAUCUACAACAAAAAUGGGUAGAAGUCAAAUUGUUUACAAUUAAAUUUCCUAUCAAUAGUUUCUUGUCCAAUAAUUUAAAAUUAAAUUUCUACACGUUUGUAAAUAAAAAAUUGCAAAAAAAUUAGUUUAAAAAUAAUUUUUUUUUAAUUUGUAUAAGAAAUGAAGUUACCUCCAAAACAAUUACGUACAUAAAAAUGCAGUGCCUUUUUUUCUGAUUUUGCAUAGUAAUUUUGCAAUCCAGCUCUGUACAGAAAAUUGGAAAAGUUGCAAAACCUUGUUGCAUGCAAUAUUGUUUGUUACGUAAAUUGUUUUUUUACGAAUAGAAGAGCUUUUUAUGAAGGUUCAAACCUAUUUCGAAAAAUUAAAAUGUUAGUAAUGGAAGCCUUCGGAAUUUUUUUGAGGAGAAUAAAACUUGCAGUUUCUUUUUAUUCAAAUUUGUUUGUAAGAUCAAAAUAUUCGUAAUUUAAUAAAAUUAUUCUGGAUAAAUUGAUAUAAAUUUUUUAACUUGUUACAAUUUUUUUUAAAUUAUUGUAUAAUAAAAUUUAGUGCAGAUUUUAACGAAAAUAAAAUAUUUGUUUCAGAAAAUAAUUUUAAUAUUUCAAAAAUGAUAUUUUUAAAUAUUUUGUAGAGAAUUUUCAUUUCUACGCGCUGGAUUUUUUUUACAUAAUUAACAUAAAAUGUUGAGGUCUCCAUAACGACGAUUUUUCAUUCUAAAUUUUUCCUGAAUUUGGACAUUUAAAUUAUAGUCAUAGACAACCUUCCAUAGACAUUUCUACAACAAUUUAAUAUCUGACUCACUUCAACCAAUUCUAACUAUAUCUCGAGUCUGAGAUGUGUCAAUCGUGGACCAAACUAUGAUCAGGAUUUUUUCUUUGAUAACAUGAUUAACAAAUUCUUUAAAUAUUAACUGACAAUUUUAUACACUUAUAAUACCUUACAAAACUAAGUCAUUAUUUAACGGUACAACAUAAUUGUUGUUGAAAAAAUAUAAUAUUAAUCGAUUUUUUUUAUAGUGGGUAAGCUAAUGUAAGAAUUGGUUGAUCUCGUGUCCAAUUUAUCAGAAGUACUCCUUUUAAUUAUUUAUUCAUAGUACGUAAACUUUUUCCCGUAAAAUACAAGAUUCAGCGUUGUAAGAUUGUACUACAGAAAGAUGAAUAUAAUUGCUGUUUCAUGCUUUUUAAAUUCUUUAUCAAAUUUUUUCUACUUUUCUAGGAAAGUUCCAAGUUUUUCUUGGUACAAUAAUAUUUGUAUUUUGGAACAGUGCAAAUAAUUCUUUCCCACCUCUAUUUAUAACAUUUACGCCGAUAAUUAUCAAUUUUUGGUUUCAGCCAUUGGUGUUUUUUUUUAUACAUAUGAUGAUAUAUAUUCUAUUAUCAGUUCUUGCUACUUACUCUUCUUUGUUAUAGUUUAUGUAAGUAUUGAAUAAUUAUUACUAUAAGUACAGUAUAAAAAUAGCUUAAUUUUAAACGCGUCAUACAAAUAGGAUUCUCAUAUACAAUUUUAAUAACUUGGCUGUUCUCGCUCUGAUAAUUUUGUAGGUAACCUACGUGACCAUAAUGGUUUCUUCAACUAUUCCGGGAAAUUGGAGGAUACGUCCAAGUUGAACAACUAAUUAAGGGAUUUUAAUUAAUUUUUAUUUGUUCAUUAGGAAAAUAGACUUAAUGAGUGUCAAGACCCGGCAAUAAUGAAACUAUUUGAUUUUAAUAGCUUAUGAGAUCAACCAAUUCUUACUAUUUAACAAAGAUCUGGCAACUAAUUGAAUAGACUUGAUUGUUGAUAAAUUAUAUACUUAAUGAAAGUUUUAGAUAUUUUUACAAAAUUUUUUAGAAUCAUUUUUUAGAUAUCUAGGUAUAUUUUUAAAUACUUUAGGUUAGAUAUAAAAACCUAUUGUAAGUGAUCAGUGGAUCUGCACUUAAUACAUUUGUGUAAUGCUUUUGAUGUUUAUUAUGCACAUAUCAAAAUUUGUAUCAGCGCAAAUAUGCCACAUUGAAGUAGUGUCUUAAAAAGUGCAAUUAUAAUAUAAGAUUAAUGCAUUACAAGAUAUAAUUACUGAGAUUAGAAAUUGAAUAAUUGACAUGUAUAUUUUUAUUAUUGAAUAUAGAUAAGUAAAAAAGUUUUACCAAUAUCACUAUAAUUUUAAAUAUUAAAGUUUUUAAUAACACUCUAGUUUUUUCACACAAAUAUAUUCUAUAACAAUUUAAGUUACAUUAUUUAAAUAAAAUUACUUCUAACUCUUGCAAAUGUUUGUGUGACUCUUAAUAUUUUUUCUGAUCCCAUAUUAUCUCAAGAAGAGUAAGGAACAACGACCCCUGAACAGGGAAAAGCCGAGGAAGAGGAAGAUUGUUUCAAAUUUCACAUGUUGGCUAUUUAUUGUAAAAACGUAUAUUUUAAUCACCGUUUUUAACUUCGUAAGACUCUUAAUGACUGAUAAAGAGUUCAAUACUCUUUCUGUGCUAUUUCCAAAACUUAGCCGGCAACACACGUUACGUACAUGGAGCAAAAACUACGCAAAAGUAUUGGAUAACAAGCCGGGUAUUCUAAAAUAUCGCUUCGCAGUAAAAAGUACAUGAAACUCGAGUAAAUAUAAGCUAUAAAUUUAUUAAAUGUUAAUAAACAUUUUAGUAAACAUUAAAAAUUCCCUUAGAGCUGAGUUGAUCAUUUUAACCUAACAUCAGUUUCCUGUGCGUUUUUUUUUCAUCGACUUAUUUGGAUCCUGAACGUCUUAUCGGAAAUAUCGGGUAGUUAUUUCAACUAAUAGAUAUUUUCAAUGAACUAACUCUACAUUUCAAACUGUCCUAAAAUCUUCUAGUCACGAUGUAGUGGAUAACAGUGAAUUCAUCCACCUAAAUAACCCAGCCAGAACAAUAUUUUUACUAGAUAUUUAGGAUGUAGAUCAACGAGAUACUUGAUUAGUUUCUGUGGCGUACGUUUUGCCUGUUUGGAUUUAACUUUACGUAAACAAAUUUUUCUAUUUUAAUAGCAAAGUUGCAUAAAUCGCCUUAAUAUACACUUGUAAAACAUAUUAUAUACAAAUAGAGGCAUAUACAUGUGUGUACGUUAUAUUCAAGAGCUUUAGUGGCUUUUAUUCUUGUAUAACAUGAAGAACCACAGAUUCACGUUUGAUCCAUGUAGUGAUCCAAAAUAUAUGCAAAUUUAGAAUAUUGGUUUGAGCAAUCUAUGAAACUAUAAAUAUCAUAAAUAUAAGUCUCAUAAAGUUACAGUAUUGUUUUAAGCAAUCUAUAAAACUAUAAAAGUGCAAUAAUUAUAGUAAUUCAUGUUUAGUUUUCGUAAACAAAGAUAUGCUUUUUUGACCAUUCUUUAACUGGUUAACGAUUCCUAAAUUAGACUCUUCUAAUCGAAAUUCUAUGUAUGUAAAUUUAAAAUAGAAAAAACAAUAACUGAAGGGAUGUUAUCGUAUAUUACUUAUCUACAUUCAACUAAGUCAUUAUAGAAAACUUAUUUGGUAGAAAUACUUUAAAAUUACAUAUGCUCGAAGUAAGUAUUUGACAAUAACUGAAGUUAAAGUAAUUUAAUAAUACGUUACAGUUCAUUUCUAUAAAAUUGAAUAAAACACGCAAUAUUCCAAGUCAAAAAUGUACACGAAUGAACAUAAUUUGUAUCGCUUAUGAGUAACUAUUAAGAUAUUAGAGAAAUAGAAAUAAUUUUGAAAUGUUUAUUGUUAUUUAUAUUUCUUGUAUUCAAAAUAGGCGCAUUGAUGGAUCAUAUUUUCAUAAAUAAACCCAGCAUAUCGUUCAGCUAUUUUAAGUGCAAUUUACACCUCAGAAAUAUUUAUUGCAUUUAACAGUAAUAUCUGGUUAAAAAGUUUCGCAAUUACCCCCAAAAUAGCGUAGAUACAUUAUUUCUCUAAAGUCCGAUAAUGAAUGAAUUCUGAAAACUGAAGCACUAUUAUAUACAUUUUUAUGUCCUUUUUUAGUAUUUCUAUAUUCCAUGAGAUGUUAUAUUUCACUAGAAUUUUAACUUUAGCAACUAUGUAAACGUCCAUUUUUUGAAAUUUUUAUUUGUAAAUGAUUAAUUUUUUUAAUAAAUUUAUAAUU